CGCCUCACCACGGACACUCCGCUGCCGUAAAACCAACAAAGAAGAUAAAAGGGCGGAAGUAGGGCUGCCUUAAAAACAACAACGCGACGGCGAUCGGAUAAAAUCGAGUGGAAAACUCAUCCAAAAGUGCAACUAGUCGGUACGACUGCGGCUAAGAAAAUGAUCUGACCGCUUCAGACGACAAUGGCGCUGUACGAGGAGAAGGAGCGACAACGAAAACAAUUGGAAGCUGCUGGCGACAAUGGCAUGUGUUUGCGCAUCCAAGACGUCCAGCAGCUGAUUGUUCGUCAGGAAGAGCUUCCCCCUCAGCUCCAAUGGGGCAGCUCCAUUUUCAAGCAAGAGGAGCCACAGCUUCUCCACAUUAAAAACGAAGACGAGGAGCCAAGGCCCCGCCACAUCAAAGAAGAACAAGAGGAUCGACAGUCCUUUCAUGUGAAAGAGGAAGCGAAGGAUUCGCUGCCCAUCCACGUUAAAGAGGAAGAAGAGGCGGUCCGCGUCAGCAAGUUGCCACCGACCGGCGUCUCUGUGGACCAAGCGCCCGAGUGGUCACAGCUGCAUCGUCAUGGCGCGCCCAGAGACCCCCGCGGGGGGCCGUCCCCGGACAAGCUGUUAGCGCCUCUGUCGGACAGCGACGACCCGGAGGAACCUCUGAGGAGCGACGCGGACUGCCGAGCUGACGGCAAGCUGUCGAAAACAUCACAGACGUGUAAAAAACGAGUUUCCUGCUCGGUCUGCGGCAAAGGUUUUGCUCAGCAGCAUUUGUACAGGCACAUGAGAACGCACACCGGAGAAAAACCCUUCAGUUGCUCAUUUUGCGGUAAAACCUUCUCGACAAAAGACCAAAUGGAAUCACACACAAGAAUACACACCGGGGAGAACCCUUUUACGUGCUCGGUUUGCUCGAAGACCUUCAUCCAAAAGGCCAACAUGAUUCGGCACAUGAGAACGCACACGGGGGAAAAACCAUUCAGUUGCUCGACGUGCGGCCGAGCCUUCGCUCUGAAGGAGCAUGUGGAUUCCCACAUGAGAGUGCACACGAGGGAAAAGCCCUUCUGUUGCUCCGUUUGCGGCCAAACGUUCACCUUGAAAAAAAACCUGGCGCCGCACCUGAGACUACACACGGGAGGAAAACCCUUUGGUUGCUCUACCUGCGGUAAAACCUACUCGCGCAAAGACUAUUUGGAAACGCACGUGAAAACGCAUUCGGGAGAGAAACCCUUCUGUUGCUCGGUCUGCGGUAAACGUUUCAGCCUGAAGCGAAACGUGGUGCCGCACAUGAGAAUCCACACGGGAGAAAAGCCCUUUCCUUGCCCAAUUUGUGGCAAAAGAUUCACUCUCAAGCAAACCAUGGAAUUGCACGUGACGAUCCACGCCGGAGAAAAACCCUUCCGUUGCCCGUUGUGCGAUAAAGCAUUUGCCGACAAGUCCAACAUGAAGUCGCACAUGAGGACCCACGCAGGAAUUCCAACCCUGUUCAACGGAGCAAUGGCGUCGCGCGAGGAGAACGAGCGACAACAAGAGCAACUGCAAGGUGCUGGCAAGAAUCACAUCGAAUUGUCCGGCCGAGACAUCCAGCAGCUGAUUGUCCUUCGGGGAAAGGUGGCCCCCAGCUCCACUUUACCGCGUGAGGGUCCACAGCCUCGUCGCAUCAAUGAGGAUAAAAACGAUUCGCUGCUCCUUCCCUCUCAAGAGGAAGGAAACGAUGCAUGGCCAACUUAUGGUGAAGACCAAGAGGAGGAGCCACGGCCCCCAGGCAUGAAAGAGGAAGACAAGGGGUUGGAUGUCAGCACGCUGGCGCCGACCGGCGUCUGCGUGAAGGUCGAAGACGAGUCACCCGAACGGACGCGGUGUCAUCAUCGCAGCGGAGCGGGAGAGCCCUGCGCUGGCCCGUCAGCGGAAGAGCUCUUGGCGCCACUGUCGGACAGCGACGACGUGGAGAGCGACGCCAACUCUGAAGGUGACGACCAACAGUCGAGGUGCGGCAAGAACAACGAGGCGACUUCACAAAUGCCUCUCGAAAAUUUGACCUGUUCAGUUUGUGGCGACCACUUCGGCAAACGGUCAACACUGGCUCGCCACUUGAGGACGCACAGGAAGGAAAAGCUCCUCCGCUGCCCUUGGUGUGUCAAAACGUUCUCUCUCAAGACUCAAGUGGUGCAACACAUGAGAGUCCACACGGGGGAAAAGCCUUUCUGUUGCUCCGUUUGCGGCAAAACUUUCUCGAAUCAGUCGAACAUGGUGAAACACAUGAGAACGCACACGGGAGAAAAACCCUACGGUUGCCCGGUGUGCCAGAAGAAAUUCGCCCAGACGUCGCACAUGGUCACCCACAUGAAAAUCCACACAGGCGAAAGGCCUUUCAGCUGCUCCGCCUGUGGGAAAAGAUUCACCCUGAAGCAUAACAUGGCAGCGCACGCGAGAACGCACACGGGAGAGAAACCUUUCGUUUGUUCCGUGUGCGGGGAAGCCUUCUCGCGGAAGCGACAACUGGGGCGACACAUGAGCGCGCACACGGGGGAGAGCCCCUUCACUUGUUCCGUUUGUGGUAAGACCAUCACCCAAAAGCAAAAUCUGGUCACGCACAUGAGAACGCACACGGGAGAGAAACCUUUCUGUUGCCCCAUUUGCGGGAAAACCUUCUCAAAUAAAUCCAACAUGUCCAAACACACGAGAACACACACAGGGGAGAAACCCUUUCGCUGCUCAUUGUGCGCCAAAACAUUCUCCCAAACGUCGCACAUGGCAACGCACAUGAAAAUGCACACGGGGGAAAGGCCUUUCUCUUGCUCGGUUUGCGAGAAGAGAUUCGCGCUGAAGCGAAGCAUGGUCGCGCACGAGAGAACGCACACGGGCGAGAAACCCUUCCGCUGCUUAAUUUGCGGCAAAGCAUUCUCUCAAAAGCGGCAACUCGCACCACAUAUGAAAACACACACAGGGGAAAAGCCCUUUUGUUGCUCGUUCUGCGACAAAACAUUUUCCCAAAAGUCACACAUGGCGUCACACGUGAAAAUACAUACUGGGGAAAGACCGCACAGUUGCCUGCUGUGCGGUCAAACAUUUAUUCAGAAGCGCAGUCUGGUGCUCCACACAAGAACGCACACCGGAGAGAAACCAUACGGUUGCUCGAUGUGCGCCAAGACCUUCUCUCACAAGUCGUGCGUGGCGUCGCACAUGAGGAUACACACGGGGGAAAAACCCUUUCGUUGCUCAGCGUGCGACCAAUCUUUCAUUCAGAAACACAGUCUGACGUCGCACAUGAGGACACACACGGGGGAAAAACCAUUUAGCUGCUCCACUUGUGGGAAGGCAUUCUCCCAAAGGCCACACCUGGUUUCACACAUGAGAACACACACGGGAGAAAAACCCUUUUACUGCUCACUCUGUGGUAAAAGAUUUUCCCAUAAGUCCAACAUGGUCAAACACAUGAGGACGCACACGAGAGAAAAAAGCUCACUGGAAAUGGCGCUCACGGGGCAGGUUUGACUGCACACAAACAACCGAGGAUGAAUGUUUCGGGAAAAAAAACAAACAACAAAAAAUAAAAGGGGAGUCCCCGAGAUGUCGCUGAAUUGGAAACAUUGUCUUCACUUGCUGAAUGAUAUUCUUCUCAAGAUCUGCAAAAGUUCGAUUUAGUUGUGCAGGACGGUGAUUUUUCCGACCGUGCUACGCAGGCUCCCUCUAGUGGUAGACGAAAGGAAUCACUGAAUUCAGUACCAACAAAAUGUGCUGAAAAUAUUACUGUAGAAUGAAGCUUUAAGCAAUGCAAGCCUGUUUAAUU